AUGGCGGCCCGGAGCGGUCACGUAGCCGGCGUUCCGCCCGCUUGGAGGCUGCGUGGGGGGCGUUGCCGGAAGCCGUGGAGUUCCGACCAAGUCCCUUCCGGUCCCAGCAGCCCUUGCGGGGCGUCUCGUUGUGGAGCGGGCGGCUGGUCGCUCUGCGGGGCCGGCCGCAGGCAGGCGGCCUCCAUGGCUGACCCACUGAGUUACCUCACAGAGCGGGGGCGACGCCGCCGCCUUCGUCACGGGGGAGAAGAGCCGCGCGCGGGCCCCGCCCCCUGCCGCCGCCGCCGCCAGAGACUCAAAGCGGCGGACGCGGGGAAGCCCCGCGGGGAGGGCGAACCGCCCGCCCCGGACAGCGGCGCCGCUAACAUGACAUCAACAACUGAGGAGUUUACGGUGGAUAGCAGCUUUUCACCUAAAGCUGGCACAAGCAAGCUGCAUCAGACAAUGCCAACAGAUACAUCUCCAGACUCUAAAUGUCCCAUCUGCUUGGACAGAUUUGACAAUGUGGCCUACUUAGAUCGUUGCUUGCAUAGGUUCUGCUUUCGUUGUGUACAGGAAUGGUCAAAAAACAAAGCUGAAUGUCCACUCUGCAAACAGCCUUUCCAUUCUAUCUUCCAUACAGUGAGAGCUGAAGAUGAUUUCAAGGAGUAUGUACUCAGGCCUUUGCAGAAUGGCUCUUUUGCUAGUCCUGAUGGGCGGAGAUUUCGUUACCGUACUACGUUAACAAGGGAACGUCAUACAUCAGCUUAUCCUCGAAGGAGUUCCUCUUCUCGAAGAACACUGUCACCUCCAGAUAAUGGGAUAUUAUUUGAAGGAUUAUCCGGUCAACCAGUAGGGCAAAGAGAUGGAGGAAUUCAUCAGAUGAUUAGACGGCUUGCAUCAAGGAGACAAGCUAGUGCAGAGGGUAGAUCGCUGCGGCAAAUUCAAGAACAAGAUAUAAUUAAUUUCCGAAGAGCUCUGUAUCGUUCUGGUGUGCGUGUUAGAAAUAUUCAAGAUGGUGGUCGUUAUAGAGACAUUUCAGCUGAGUUUUUCCGCAUGAACCCCGCUUGUCUUCACAGAUUAGUUCCAUGGCUGAAGCGUGAGCUAACAGUCCUGUUUGGUGCCCAUGGGUCUCUAGUCAAUAUUGUACAGCAUAUCAUCAUGAGUAAUGUGACUAGAUAUGAUUUGGAGAGUCAGGCCUUUUCUGAUGACUUAAAGCCUUUUUUGCUGCAUCGUACUAACCAUUUUUUACAUGAAUUCAUCAGCUUUGCCCGAUGUCCUUUUAACAUAGAGGCGUACGACCAGCAUGCCAAUUAUGAUUGUCCUGCUCCUUCAUAUGAAGAAGGAAGCCAGUCGGAAUCAUCAGUUAUUACAAUAUCUCCAGAUGAGACAGAUUCCCAAGAACCAGAUCAUAAUGCAUCUACAACUAGUGUUGAUCGGGCACCUUGGGAUGAUGAAACUCCAGGGCCAUCGUAUUCCAGCUCAGAGCAGGUUCAUGUUGCCAUGGCUUCUCCUUUGGAUACUUCGGAAACUUCUGAUGAAGAACCUAGUAGAAAUGGAACUGAACUGCAAGGGCAGUUACAAGAUAAUGCAGCCCCAGAUGGUGACACUGAUUCUUCUUCAGACAACUGCGUCAUUGUUGGGUAUGUUAAGCCAUUAGCUGAAAGAACACCAGAACUUGUUGAGCUGUCCUCAGACUCUGAGGAAUCAGUUGAUGAUGGGAAAAGUGAGGAUCUGAAGAAACCAGAGCCUAUCCAGUUUCACGUUUUUAGCGUCAGUGAUGCUAGUGGGUGCUCAUCGCCAUGCUCUCCUAUAUCUAAGGAUGGUAAAUAUAGCAAUAAAAGCAGCACCUCACCCUCACAUAAGAUGAAGUCAAAAAAGAAUGAGAAAGAUGCAACUAAAAUAAAAGAUUUGUCUACAAAGGACUCAUUACAAAGUUCCUCUACAAGAAGGGAUAGGGUGUGCUCUCCAUGCAGCCACAGAUUAUCCAGGAGGAGGAGAUCAAGGAGUUCAGAAUCAUAUUCACAGCACUCUUGCAACAGAGACAGCCAUGGCCAGAGAACCAGGAGGAAACAUCAUAGCAAAGAAAGGUUAAAAAGUAGACUAUCAAGAAGCAGAGAUAGUAGCAGACAUAGGACCAAAAGAGACAAAAGGAGGUCAAAACCUCGAGACAUAAGUUUAUCUAGAAAAAGCCAGACAGUCUCUCUAAGUAGUGAGAGCACUAUAUCUAGAGAUGUAAGCAGGUCAAGAUCCCGGAGUAAUGAUCAUAGCAGAAGAAGAUCGAGGAGCAGAGACAGCGAUCAUUAUUAUGUAAGAGAUAAUUACCAAAGUAGAUACCAGUGGGAAUACACUUUUUACAGUAGAAACAUGGACAGAGAUGGCUAUGAAACCUCAUACAGGAGGAGAACUCAGGCCAGAGCUCAUUAUUCAAGGCAGUCGGCUAGUCCAGAGUACAGAAUACAGUCUUUUUCUGAAAGGACAAAUACUCGAAAUCAGAGAGGUCACAAUGAAAGCAGAUAUUACUAUUAUGAAAGACGCAGAUCAAGGAGUCGAUCCAGUAAUAGAUCUCGGACUACUUCUGAUAGAAUGCGAUGUGAAAAGCCUGGUGGAAAAAGGAAAUACAAAACUCGCCACUUGGAGAAUGCACACAAGGAGAAUGCAGCAAGCCCUUGUGAAGGGAAAGGAAGUGACCUCCAAAAGUCUUUGUCAAAAUACAGUGGUUGCUACAAAAAUCAGGACUGCCUUUUAGACAACCAAGCAAGUGUUGGGACUAGACAUAAAAAGAGGAAAAAAAAUACAAGAAGUCCAAGCGUAGAGAUUAUUUAUGAAGGAAAAGCUAGUGACACAAACAGACAUCAUAAAAAGAAAAAGAAAAAGCACAAGAAGAAACACAAGAGACAUACAAGUAACUCAUCACAUUCUUCUCCAGUUGUGAUUACAAUUGACAGUGAUAGUGAUAAGGAGACUGGAAUACAAGAAAAUACUGAGUGUGACAGUAGUAUCUCUUGGACAACCACAACCCAGUUUAAUGAGAGAGAAAAUGAGACUCCAUCCCCUGUCCUGGGAACAAGCGAUUGUAAGGAUGAGUACACAGUAGAUGGUGAAAGUGGACUGUUGGACAAGGAUUCCAAUAUUACUACCACUAGGGGAGACUUAGGUGAUAACCCUGGAAAGGUAGAUCGCCAAUUUCAGGAAACAUCAAAUGAGCAAACUCUUACAGUGGCAGAUGAUAGUAGUGCAUCUGACAUGGGAACUCUACCGAGAAAUGUUGAAACUAUACAAACUCAAUCAUCCAGUCAGUUGCCUUUUUCCAGAGCAUCAUUUGUAGAGAAUUCAGAGAGACCACCUUUGAUAUUAAGACUGCCAAAGAGACUUAUUGACAGAUCCUAUUGGCUUGACUCCCCAGAAAAAAAGAUGUAACAAGUUUUACACUGAACUGUUUUAAAAUGAUGAAAUCCUGAAAACAAAACACCUGUGUGGGUUUGUGUAUGUAAGACUGUUUAAAAAAAAGUGUCUGAGAAAUGUGUAAAAUCCUUGAAUUUAUGCACUUUUAAGUCCAAGAAAACAGAACAUUGCUAAUAGUUUAACUUAAAAAGUUUCUUUCAGAAGAAGUGUAUAAACCUUUAGAAGUUAUAAUUUCGUAGAGCCAUACUGUAUUCACAUUGUAUAAAAUAUAUCCAUGGAAUCUUUCAAAGUUGUUUUUAAAAAAAACAAAAAACAAAAAACUGAAGUCAGAAAAUCUAUUUUCUGAUGGUUGCUCUUUUUAUUUUACAAAAGAAAAUGUAUAAUUCACAAAAAUUCAUAUUUAAUUCUGCCAUCAUUUUAAUCUGCAUGGUUUAGCUUGACCUCUGACAAAAAGGUGUCAAUGCCUCUGUACAAACGUUGAACCAGACUGCCAUUGAAGUAAACAUGAAUUCUGUAAGAGUCCCAAUAAAGCAAUAAGACAUUUUUAAAUCA